AUGGAAAAAGCAGUAUCCUUUCCCACACAGCUCACCAAGCCUGAUGACGCAGGUUCUGCCUUCCCAGAUACCGAUAGAAUCGAUCGGCAGACCAGCUUUUCAUCCACACGAACAAUCGUGAGCAUUGGAGUGGGCCAGCACCAGAUGUGGGCAGCACGAUGCUAUCGCUGGCGAUCUCUAAAGACAUUUAUGGCUAUGGUUUUGUGUGCUCAGUCCUUGGAUACGGAGGAGCUACCACUCUAUGAUAUACUGGAAUUCUUUCGCGGCGAUGGCACCGAUACCGAGUUGACAAUACAAUGUUACGGUCUGCGAUAUCAUAUCACAGUCUCUGCAGAAGAUAUCCAGGACGAUCUAGAAACCACCAAGGAGUAUUUAUCUCUUUUGCGAAAACUUGACUCCGAGGACCGGGUUGACGGGGAGAGUGAGGACGAGGAAGAUGAUCCAAUGGAAAACGUCUGCUUCUGGAUCGCUUUUAAAUGCAACUCUGCUAUGAGGAAUUUAUCUUUACAGGAGUCAAACGCUCCAGUGCAAACUCUUUAUGAUUGGUUCAACAUCAAAACAUUAGCCCUUUGUUUAAAAGCUUUGGAUGGGAAGUUGGGUGUUCGUUCAUCUUCGUAUCAACCUCAACUCGCACCGAAGACUAAGCUAUCUUCCAUUGUCUCUGAUCUCAACAUUCCAUCGGUUGAAGCUUCAAAGGUCAUAUUGCACGAUGAGACCGGCGAGAGUCCUCCUCGAAGGCCGAAAAAGGUCUCGGCGGAUCGUGAGAUAUCGACAUUGGUUCGUAUCAAGUCCAUGGGCUUGGGGAAUGCUGUACGCACUCCUACGUUAUAUGAGCUCGUGAAAGACCAGGGGGAUGAGUCCACUAUAUCAGGGAUUUUGCUUGAGUAUAUCAAUCAUCGCGACAUAUUAGCAGAUAUCGAUUUGGAUAAUACACCCCGGCAUCUUCGUGCCAAGUGGAAAUAUCAGCUACAAGAUCUGAUUCACAGGCUACAUGGAGCAGGAAUCAUCUGGGGGGAUGCGAAACCAGAUAAUGUCCUAGUUGAUGCGGACGACGACCUUUGGAUAAUUGACUUUGGGGGAGGUAUCACAGAAGGAUGGGUUGAUAAGGACAAGGCCGAAUCUUUUGAGGGAGAUCUUCAAGCGAUGUCCAGGAUUAUUGAGAUGCUUGAUCCUGACGGCCUCGCCGGUUAA